CAAAAAGCAAGGAUAAGAGAAUUCACAAGAACAAUAAUGUCAAUACAACUAAACCACAUCCACACACACUCUUUGAAACAACCCAACCCAUUUCUCAUCACUUCCACUCCCAAAAAACCAGUAAAAUUUCAAGUAAAAGCAGCAUCCAAUGCCCAGCAGCUCAUACAAUCCGGCACCGUUAAGCCCAUUCUGCCGAAGGAUGCAGCCAUGGCUAUGAGCUCAGAUGGCUAUGUGCUCCUUGAUAUUAGACCAGUCUGGGAAAGAGAGAAGGCCAGAGUUGUAGGGUCACUGCACGCGCCGCUGUUUGUGGAGGACAUGGAUAUGAGUCCGUUAACUCUGUUGAAAAAAUGGGUUCAUUUUGGCUACAUUGGGUUAUGGACUGGUCAGAAUUUCACCAUGAUUAAUCCUGAGUUUCUUAAGUUGGUCGAGAGUUUUGUUCCUGAUAAGGAGGCUAAGGUUCUUGUGGCUUGCGGUGAAGGUCUUCGGUCGAUGAUGGCUGUUUCGAAGUUGUACGAGGGAGGAUAUAAGAACCUCGGAUGGUUGGCCGGAGGAUUUAACCGCGCUAAAGAUGGUGAUUUCUCAGAAAUUGAAGGACCCGAGAAAUUGCAGUAUGCAACUAUAGGAGGCGCGUCCUACUAUUUCUUUCAAAUAUUGAUUCUGUUACAAGUAGUUGGGAAGAGCAAUUGAAUAGCAUUUGCCACACUGCUUGAUGGAAGUUUGUAUUUAGCAUCAUCAAUUGAUUGAACUAAUUUUUCCAAA